CCAGCACCAUGAAGCUGCAGGGGUUCUGGACCGGGCUGGAAUACACCUGCCGGCUCCUGGGCAUCGCCACUGCUGCAGUGCUGAUCGGCGUGGGCACUGAGACCUUCCUCCAGGGGCACUUCAAAAGCCUGGCUUUCUACCUGCUGUUUACAGGCGCCGCCGUCUCCGUGUGUGAAGGGGCCUACUUCGUGGCUCAGCUGCUGACCUUCUGCUUCCAGUGCCAGCCAGGGUCCCUGGCCUACAGAGCACGGGAGAAGGCCCGCUGGCUGGGCUGCUUCCAGAAGUUCCUGGCCUACAUGCUGCUGUCCGUGGCCUGCUUCCUCCACCCUGUCCUGGUCUGGCACGUGACCAUCCCAGGCUCCAUGCUCAUCCUCACUGGCCUGGCCUACUUCCUGCUGAGCAAGCGGAAGAAGAACAAGGCUGCCCCCGGGGUGCUGGCCCUCCAGGAGCAGUACACGGACCCCUCCAGCAGUGCCAGGAGCACCACCGGCUCCGGGGACACCGAGCAAACCUACACCUUCCACGGAGCCCUCAAGGAGGGGCCCGGCUCCCUCUUCACCCACAUGAAGUGCAUCCUGAAGGGGGCCAGGAGGCCCAGCACCCUCCAGCACCCCGAGGCCCUGACACAGCUCACUCCGGAGCCAGCAGGCUCGCCGGCCAGGAAGAAGCAGGUGCACUUUGAAGAUCGCGUGGUCAGGAUCAUCCCCGCCCUCGCCGAAGGCCUGGAUCCCGAGGACAGCGAGCCCGAGGAGAGCAGCUCUGACACCACCCCCAUCAUCCCUCCCCCACAGGCCCCACUCUUCCUGUCUUCUCUCUCGGGCACCAGCCUCUUCUGAGCUGCUUGCUCCAGCCUGGGAGACACUGAGCAAGGCUCUGCCUAGAAGAGCGGCCC